GAAGCUGGGCCUGCUAUUGGCUGCGGUUACAGCCUAUCCCUGCAGCCACCUAUUAGAUGACUUCUAUGACACAGGGGGUGGAGCCCGAAUCUACCCAAUCAGGGGCGCUGGGGCGAGCUCUGAACAGUCCAAUCGGGUGCGCCGCCAGGAUGCCUGGGCAACGGUCAACAGGUCAGCGGGGCAGGUCCUUUCUGCAGAGGACGCUACAGGUGGCGCCGCUGCAGCCGCCGUCUGCUGUGACCAGCUCUGACCAAAGGAGGCGUAGUAAGGAAGCCAGGACACCUGGAAGCCGGGAUACGGACUCAGUGGUCUUUGAGGAUGUGGCUGUGAACUUCACCCAGGAGGAGUGGGCUUUGCUGGGUCCCUCUCAGAAGAAACUCUACAGAGAUGUGAUGCAAGAAACCUUUGUUAACUUGGCCUCUAUAGGGGAAAACUGGGAGGAGAAGAACAUUGAAGAUCACAAAAAUCAGGGGAGAAAGCUAAGAAGUCAUAUGGUAGAGAGGCUCUGUGAAAGGAAAGAAGGUAGUCAGUUUGGAGAAACCAUCAGUCAGACUCCAAAUCCUAAACCAAACAAGAAAACUUUUACUAGAGUAAAACCAUAUGAAUGUAGUGUGUGUGGAAAGGACUAUAUGUGUCAUUCAUCUCUUAAUAGGCACAUGAGAUCUCAUACUGAACAUAGAUCAUAUGAGUAUCACAAAUAUGGAGAGAAAUCAUAUGAAUGUAAGGAAUGUGGGAAAAGAUUCAGCUUUCGAAGUUCAUUUCGAAUACAUGAAAGAACUCACACUGGAGAGAAACCCUAUAAAUGUAAACAGUGUGGUAAGGCUUUCAGUUGGCCCAGUUCCUUUCAAAUACAUGAAAGAACUCAUACUGGAGAGAAACCUUAUGAAUGUAAGGAAUGUGGGAAGGCCUUCAUUUAUCACACAACCUUUCGAGGACACAUGAGAAUGCACACAGGGGAGAAACCCUAUAAAUGUAAAGAAUGCGGGAAAACGUUCAGUCAUCCCAGUUCUUUUCGAAAUCAUGAAAGAACUCACUCUGGAGAGAAACCCUAUGAAUGUAAACAAUGUGGAAAAGCUUUCAGAUAUUACCAAACUUUUCAAAUACAUGAAAGGACUCACACUGGGGAAAAACCCUAUCAGUGUAAGCAAUGUGGUAAAGCUCUUAGUUGUCCCACAUCCUUUCGAAGUCAUGAAAGGAUUCACACUGGAGAAAAACCCUAUAAAUGUAAAAAAUGUGGCAAAGCCUUCAGUUUUCCUAGUUCCUUUAGAAAACAUGAAAGAAUUCAUACAGGAGAGAAACCCUAUGAUUGUAAGGAAUGUGGGAAAGCAUUCAUUUCUCUUCCAAGCUAUCGAAGACAUAUGAUAAUGCACACUGGAAAUGGACCUUAUAAAUGCAAGGAAUGUGGGAAAGCCUUUGAUUGUCCUAGUUCUUUUCAAAUCCAUGAACGAACUCACACUGGAGAGAAACCCUAUGAAUGUAAACAGUGUGGUAAAGCCUUCAGUUGUUCCAGUUCCUUUCGAAUGCAUGAAAGAACUCACACUGGAGAGAAACCCCAUGAAUGUAAACAAUGUGGUAAAGCCUUCAGUUGUUCCAGUUCUGUUCGAAUACAUGAAAGGACUCACACUGGAGAGAAACCCUAUGAAUGUAAACAGUGUGGUAAAGCCUUCAGUUGUUCCAGUUCCUUUCGAAUGCAUGAAAGAAUUCACACUGGAGAGAAACCCUAUGAAUGUAAACAGUGUGGUAAAGCCUUUAGUUUUUCUAGUUCCUUUCGGAUGCAUGAAAGGACUCACACUGGAGAGAAACCCUAUGAAUGUAAACAAUGUGGUAAAGCCUUCAGUUGUUCCAGUUCCUUUCGAAUGCAUGAAAGGACUCACACUGGGGAGAAACCCUAUGAAUGUAAACAGUGUGGUAAGGCGUUUAGUUGUUCCAGUUCCAUUCGAAUACAUGAAAGGACUCACACUGGAGAGAAACCUUAUGAGUGUAAACAAUGUGGUAAGGCCUUCAGUUGUUCUAGUUCUGUUCGAAUGCAUGAAAGGACUCACACUGGAGUGAAACCCUAUGAAUGUAAACAAUGUGACAAAGCCUUCAGUUGCUCACGUUCCUUUCGAAUCCAUGAAAGAACUCACACUGGAGAGAAACCCUAUGCAUGUCAACAAUGUGGUAAAGCCUUCAAGUGUUCCCGUUCCUUUCGAAUACAUGAAAGAGUUCAUAGUGGAGAGUAACCCUAUGUAUAUAAGCAAUAUGGCAAAGUUUUCAGUUGUCCUAUUUCCUUUUUUUUUUUUUUUUUGAGUUGAAUUCUCACUCUGUUGCCCUGGCUGGAGUGCAGUAGAGUGAUCUCAGCUCACUGCAACCUCUGUCUCCUGGGUUCAAGCGAUUCUCCUGCCUCAGCUUCCUGAGUAGCUGGGACAACAGGUGUGAACCACCAUGCCCACUUAAUUUUUGUAUUUUUAGUAGAGAUGGGGUUUCACCAUGUUGGCCAGGCUGGUCUCGAACUCCUGACCUCAGAUGAUCCACCUGCCUUGGCCUCCCAAAGUGUUGGAUUACAGGUGUGAGCCACCACACCCGGCUCCCAUUUCCUUUUGAAGACAUGAAAUUAUUCAUAUUUCAGAGAAACCCUAUGACUAUAAGACAUGGGAAUACCUUCAGUUAUUUACAUGUGAAUAUGAGGAAGCAUUCAUACUGGACAGGAAACCCUGCGAAUGUAGGCAGUGUGGGAAAACCUUCAAUGGUCAUAUGACCUUUUAAGGACCAUGAGAAGGCAUAUGAAGUGUAAAGAAUUUUCAUAUGCCCUAUAAAUGUAAAGAAUUUAUAACCUUAAAAAUGUAAAGAAUGUGGAAAACCCUAUAAAUGUAAAAAAUGUGGAAAAACCUUUAUUUGUCUUAGUUUACUUGGAAACCAUGAACAAACUCACACUGGAAAGUGACUUCUUAAAUAUAGACAUUGUGAGAAAGCCUUCAGUUGGCCCACAUACUAAUAUGUGAGAAUGCAGACUGGAUAGAAAUCCUAUAAAAGUGAGAUAUAGCAAUGUUUUCCAUUUUAACAAAUGCUCAUGUGAUACUCCCUUAUGUGUGAAACUUCAAUCUCAUGUUGAAACUCCCACUAGGGAGGUACUGUAUAAAUGUAGAUAAUAUGGGAAAGCCUGAUGCAAAUUAAUUCAUGUAUAUUGUUCUAGAAAAUUCACAACAUGUCAGAAAUGUGAUAAAACAUAUUAUCAGUUACUGAUUCUUAAAAUGGAUCUCUGAAUUAUGGAUUUCUAUUACUUUCACAAAAGAACACUGAGGUGAGAUAAUUCUGUAAGCUCUUAUACAGUUGUACACAAGUUGAAUUGAUAGUAUUUUUUCAUUAAAUCAGUUUCUGAAAUUUUGUCUUUCCAUAUUGAAGUCUGUUAGAUUCAUGAGUGAAUUGAAGUGUAUUUAUAAUAAGCUAGCAGUUUUGAUUUUUAUAUAUUUUUUAGUUGUGCUGUAAUGGGCCAUCAAAAAAUGACAAUUUGGUAAUUUUUAGGAUUUCCUACUGGCCUUAUGUGGCAGGUACUAGAUAUCAUUAUAUGUAUUUCAUCUUUCUGACCAAAAGAGGCUUUUUUAGAGGAAGACAGAGUACCCUUUUUUCUAUUUUUUAUGCUAAAAAAUAAUCAUAAUAAAUUUUUGAGUCUGCAAAGUUUAUCAUACAGUAUACUCUCUCAUUGGAAUUAUUAUUUUCAUCUUCUGUUUGCUGUUUGUAAUUCCUUCUGGCUGUGAUUUGAAUAAUAGACUUUGCAUUAAUAAGAGAGAUCUGAGAUAGAACCAUAUAACCUAUAGCUGGAAAUGGCUGUCCUGGAUUGUGUUAACAUGGGUUAUGUUGUGACCUAUGUUUUCUAUAAUCUAACCUUUUAUGGCUCCACGGUAUAAUUCACCAAUAGCCUACUUGCAGGAGAUAUGGAAGGCAGAAGUGAAGAAAGCAUUAGUCAGGUUUUAUAGCCACCAUAUGUGGAGACAGAUGGAUGCAUAGGAGCUUCAGGGACACCUGCUUCCACCACAUUGUCCUGAUCCUUUGCUCUGCCAAUUGAGAGUAUUCUUAGAACCACCACUAACUGCUUGACUGCCAUAUUUUCCUUCCUUCCUUCCUUCUUUCUUUCCCUUUCCCUUUCUUUUCUUUCUUUACUUUCUUUUUCCGAGAUGGAGUCUUGCUCUGUCGCCCAGGCUGGAGUGCAGUGGUACGAUCUUGGCUCACUGCAACCUCUGCCUUCUGGGUUCAAGCAAUUGUCCUGCCCCAGCCUCCCAAGUAGCUGGGAUUAUAGGUGCCCACCAUCAAGCCCAGCUAAAUUUUUUUUGUAUUUUUAGUAGAGACAGGGUUUCAUCAUUGUUGGCCAGGCUGGUCUCAAACUCCUGACCUCAUGAUCUGCCCACCUUGGCCUUCCAAAGUGCUGAGAUUACAGGCGUGAGCCACUGUGCAUGGCCCCAGCUGCCAUAUUUUCAAAGAUGUAGUUUUCCACAAAUUGUCUUCAAAAGUUCUACUCAAAGAUGCACUGCAGUUGGAUUUUCCUAGAAACUCUAAUGUGUCCACCAGGCAACCAUUUAGACUCUUAAGGUUGGGAAUAUUCUCUGAUGCUCUGACUCACCUCAUCUCUAGGUUGAAUUUAUCCAAGGUAUUAUUUAUGUAAUAAACACCAUGUUUUAUUAACAGUA